AUGUCUUUUGAAAACAAAAAUUUAUUUCAUUUAUUAGGUAAUGAUGUUGAAGAUGAAGAACCAAUUUUAGCUACUAAAGAAGUUGUUAAAAAAGGUACUUCAAGUAAAAAAUCUGAUGAACCACCAGCCAAAGCUGACCCAUCAAAAGCUAAAAACAAGAAGAAAGUUGGUGGUAAUGAAGGUGCUUACAAAACUAAAAUUGAUAACAAAUCAGUUUCUGCUCCAUCAUCAACUCCAUCAAAACACUACAAGAAACCUCUUGACCGUCAAUCAAGAUCAAACAAAAAAGAUAGUUCUAAAAAAGUUUCUCAAGGUUGGGGUUCAAAAGAUGGUGAAGCUAACUUAGAAGAUGAAGUUGAAGCUGAAGAAGAUGCCGUUGCUGAAUUAGCUGAAGAUGAUGAAACUGUUGUUGAAGAUGUUCCAAAAAGAUCAUUAAACGAUUAUUUCGAAGAAUUAAAAUUAAAACAAGCUGAAUUAGAUGGUCAAAAAGUUAUCAGAUCUGCUAACCAAGGUGCUGAAGAUAAAUGGACUGCUGAAGAAAAAAUCAUCAAACAAAGAGAAGAAUAUUUCUCUGCUACUGCUGAAAAGAAAACCAGAACUAAAGCUCAAAAAGAAAAGAAAUUCUUAGAAAUUGAAGCUACUUUCGCUGAUCAAACUCCUGUUUCAUCAAGAGGUGCUAGAGGUUCAUCAAGAGGUCCAAGAGGUGCUUCAAGAGGUAGAGGUAGUGCUCCAAGAGGUAGAGGUGCUCCAAGAGGUAAACCAUCUGCUCCAAAAGCUGAUGCUUCAUCAAAAAUUAACCUUGCUGAUGACAAAAAAUUCCCUUCAUUAUAA